CGAACAGGACCAUGAAUGUCGCCGGCCAAAUUUCACUGGGUUCGAUUACACACACACACGAUUGAAGGUGCAUGCAUAUUAUAUUUUUGGAGCAUCGAAGUAAAAGAUGCAGAGGGGUGAUUAUCAGAGUUAUGUUGCUCUGUUCGAGACGGAGAGACCCAAAGGAAAGCUCUUCAUCUACAGGCUCUUCUCCGUCUACUUAUUCGCCGGAAUAUUCUCCAUCUGGGUUUACAGAUUCUCUCACUUAUUCAUUAAACAAGAAGAUGGCGGCGGCGACAAAUCUUCUCGGCUCGUUUGGCUCGCUCUGUUUGCUGCUGAACUAUGGUUCGGCUUCUACUGGCUUCUCACUCAAGCCUUCCGAUGGAACCCUGUCUUCCGACGUCCCUUCAACGACCGUCUCUCUCAAAGAUACGAGCAUAGCUUGCCAAGAGUGGACAUGUUUGUGUGCACGGCAGACCCAGAGAAAGAGCCACCAAUAAUGGUGAUGAACACAGUGUUAUCAUUGAUGGCUUACGACUAUCCCACCGAGAAGCUCAGUGUGUAUCUCUCCGACGAUGCUGCCUCAGAGAUCACCUUCUAUGCUUUACUAGAAGCUUGCUCUUUUGCCAAGCACUGGCUUCCCUUCUGCAAGAGAUUCAGCGUCGAACCCAGGUCUCCUUCUUCUUAUUUUGAUACUUUGCCUUUAUUUCCUAGUUCUUCAGAUCAUGAUGACUCUGUUUGGACCAACGAGUUGGCAGCCAUUAAGAAACUAUACGAAGAUAUGGAAAGACGAAUAGAAGAUGCAACCAAGUCGGGACAAGUACCCAGAGAUGUACGUUCAAAACACAAGGGAUUUUCUCAGGGGGAUUCGUUUUCUUCUCGACGUGACCACGACACAAUUCUUCAAAUAUUACUUCAUAGGAAAGAUGCACAGAAUUCGAAAGACUUAGAAGGGUCUGCUAUGCCAACUCUGGUGUACUUGGCUCGUGAGAAGAGACCCCAAUAUCCCCACCAUUUUAAAGCCGGAGCCAUGAAUUCUUUGAUAAGGGUGUCUUCAACGAUUAGCAAUGGCAAAAUUAUUCUGAACGUGGACUGUGACAUGAUGUCGAACAACUCAAAAUCAGUGAGAGAUGCACUGUGCUUCUUCAUGGAUGAAGAGAAAGGCCAUGAAAUAGCUUUUGUGCAGUUCCCACAGCACUUCGUGGGUGUCACUAAGAAUGACUUGUAUGGGAGUCAUAUGCGAAUAUUAAGCGAGUUGGAAGGGCAUGGAGGCGAUGGCCAUGGUGGCCCGUUGUACAUUGGAACAGGCUGCUUUCACAGAAGAGAUGUUCUUUGUGGGAGGAAGUUCAGUAGCGAUCAACACAAUGUUAUGAAUGACUGGAACGACGAGGACGACCAACUCAUGGAAGAAAGCUUGCACAAACUAGAACAGGAAGCAAAGCCUCUUGCUAGCUGCACCCAUGAACAAAACACACUGUGGGGAUCUGAGAUGGGGGUACUAUAUGGAUGUGCAGUCGAGGAUGUGAUAACAGGAUUGUCUAUACAUAGCAAAGGGUGGAAAUCAGUGUAUUGCAAUCCAGAAAGGAAGGCAUUCUUGGGAGCACCUGUGACCACAUUGGAACAAGUAUUGGUUCAGCAGAAGAGAUGGGCUGAGGGUGAGUUUCAGAUUCUGGUUUCCAAGUACAGUCCUCCUUGGCAUGCUUAUGGCAAACUUAGCCUAGGCCACCAAAUGGUAUACAGUCACUAUUGCUUUUGGUCAACUAACACCUUGCCAAUUCUUUGUUACUGCGUCGUCCCUUCGCUUUGUCUGCUCAAGGGAGUUCCCUUGUUUCCAGAGAUAUCAAGCCCAUGGUUCAUACCUUUCGCGUACGUGACACUUGUGGCAAACACUUACAGCUUGUUAGAGUUUUUGUACUUUGGAGGCACAAUCCUGGCAUGGUGGAAUGAACAAAGAAUUUGGCUCUACAAGAGAACAGGCUCUUACUCCUUUGCUUUCACGGAGAGUAUCUUGAGGCUCCUAGGGUUUCCUUUAGCUUCAGGCUUCUCAAUCACGGCUAAAGUUGCAGAACAAGACGCUUCCCAACGCUACGGGAAGGAGAUUAUGGAGUUUGGAGCCUCUUCUCCCAUGUUCACUCUCUUAGCAACACUUGCCAUGCUCAAUUUGUUUUGCUUUAUUGGCGUAUCAAUGGGGGCUCUUGUGAGUGAAGGUGGCAUUAUUAGCGUCUUGGAGAAGAUGGUGUUGCAGGUUAUGUUAUGCGUGGUUCUAGUUCUCAUCAAUUUGCCAAUAUACGGAGGACUGUUCUUUAGGAAGGACAAGGGAAGAUUACCAUCCUCUGUUGCCAUUAGAUCUACAAUGUUUGCUUUAAGUGCAUGUGUUCUCAUAAAAGCCUUGCACUAAACUUAGGUUCUUGAUUACCUUUGCAAAUAAGUAUGAUUACAUGUAGUGGUCAUUCUGGAAUAAGUGACGUAUGUUUUGCUACAGUGUGUGAUUGGUAAUUAAAGAACAGAAAUAUUUUUUUCCCAUUUGAUUUUAUGUAAUAUUUAUUCGAUAAUGUUGAUGUGUAUUUUUAA